AUGUCUCUUCUCUCUGUUGAAGUGCACGCCGAGCUGACACAGCUGCUGCAAGCGCUCCAAUCUGCCGACAAUGCCACCCGAUCUCAUGCUGAAGAACAUCUUCAGAAUAGCUGGACGAGCACCCGUCCGGAAAUGCUUCUUCUUGGACUUGCCGAAAAAAUUCAAGGUGCCGGGGAUAAUGCUGCUCGAUCUUUUGCCGCUGUCAUUUUUCGUCGAAUAGCAUCCAAAACGCGCAAGAUAGAUGCCGGGAAUAAUGUAGACGUGUUCUACUCGUUGGCUAAAGACCACGCCUCUGUAAUUCGUCAAAAACUGUUGGAGACGCUCGCUACCGAACCAGAUCGUUUGGUUCGAAAUAAAAUCAGUGAUGCAGUUGCGGAAGUUGCGAGACAAUACACAGACAACAACGAUUCUUGGCCCGAGCUCCUUGGCAUCCUCUUCCAGCUUAGCCAAGCCCCAGAGGCAGAGAAGCGGGAGAAUGCAUUUCGCGUUUUCAAGACGACUCCUGGAAUAAUUGAGAAACAGCACGAAGACACAGUGUUGCAAGCUUUUCAAAAGGGAUUUCAGGAUGACGCUGUUAUGGUUAGGCUUGCUGCAAUGGAGGCUUUCUCAUCUUUUUUCGGCACAAUCAGUAAAAAAUCUCAGAUCAAGUAUUAUGCUUUGAUACCCGAUGUUCUCAACAUUCUUCCACCGAUCAAGGACUCUCGAGACUCAGAAGAUUUAAGCAAGGCUUUAUUAGCCCUGAUCGAUCUUGCGGAGACCGCUCCCAAGAUGUUUAAGCAGCUUUUUCAAACUUUGGUUCAGUUCGGUGUGUCUGUAAUUCAAGACAAGGAACUGGACAGCAUCUGCCGUCAAAAUGCCCUUGAAUUGAUGGCAACUUUUGCUGAUUAUGCGCCAUCCAUGUGCAGGAAGGAUCCGUCUUACACAAACGAUAUGAUUACGCAGUGCCUCAGCUUGAUGACAGAUUUAGGCGAAGAUGACGACGAUGCUGCUGAAUGGCUCGCAUUGGAUGAUCUUGAUCAAGACGAAAGUGACCAGAACCAUGUAGCAGGCGAACAGACUAUGGACCGACUUGCAAACAAACUCGGCGGGCAAACUAUCCUGGCACCUACCUUCAACUGGCUGCCAAGGAUGAUGAAUUCUAUGGCUUGGCGGGAUCGACAUGCUGCCUUGAUGGCGAUUUCUGCAAUUUCAGAGGGCUGCCGAGAUCUUAUGAUCGGGGAAUUGAGCCAGGUGCUGGACUUGGUUAUUCCAGCAUUGCAUGAUGCCCAUCCUCGAGUGCGUUGGGCGGGAUGUAACGCCCUCGGCCAAAUGAGCACCGAUUUUGCUCCUAAAAUGCAAACCGACUUCUAUGAUCGGGUUUUGAAGGCUAUCGUUCCCGUUUUGAACUCACCAGAAGCACGAGUCAAGUCUCACGCAGCUGCUGCUUUGGUGAACUUCUGUGAAGAGGCGGAGAAGUCUGUUCUGGAGCCUUACCUCGAUGAUCUGUUGUCUCAGCUCUUCCAGCUGCUUCAAAGCGACAAGCGAUACGUACAGGAACAGGCCCUCUCUACCAUUGCCACCAUUGCCGAUGCCGCACAAGCCGCAUUUUCCAAAUACUACGACACGCUGAUGCCUCUCCUGGUCAACGUGCUCCAGAACCAGAGUGAGAAAGAGUACAGACUCCUUCGAGGCAAGGCUAUGGAGUGCGCAACACUUAUAGCAUUGGCCGUUGGUCGAGAGCGACUUGGUCCAGAUGCUAUGACUCUCGUCAACCUGUUGGCUAACAUUCAGGCAAACAUUACCGAUUCAGAUGACCCACAAGCUCAGUAUUUGAUGCAUUGCUGGGGUCGAAUGUGUCGUGUGUUAGGUUCGGACUUUGUGCCGUUCUUAAACAACGUUAUGCCACCUCUACUGGAACUUGCCAUGGCAAAGGCAGAUAUUCAAUUGCUUGAUGAUGAUGAGCAGGCUGAACAAAUGAAUGGUGAAGAUGGUUGGGAAUUCGUUCCCCUGAAGGGAAAAAUGAUAGGCAUCCGAACCAGCACCAUGGAUGAUAAACAUAUGGCAAUCGAGUUGCUUGUCGUCUACGCCCAAGUACUCGAGGGAGCAUUCGCGCCAUAUGUGGCCAAUAUUAUGGAAAAAAUUGCACUUCCUGGCCUCGCCUUUUUCUUUCAUGACCCCGUCCGAUAUAUCUCAGCUAAGCUGGUGCCACAAUUGCUCAGUUCAUACAAAAAAGCAUACGGCUGCCCUUCAAACGAACUGGCAGGUCUCUGGGCAGCCACUGUGGGUAAACUGCUGGAAGUUCUGAGCGCUGAACCUUCCAUCGAAACGUUGGCUGAGAUGUAUCAAUGCUUUUACGAGUCCGUGGAGGUUGUAGGCAAAGAUUGCUUGACUCCCAUCCAUAUGAAUGGCUUCAUCGAGUCUGUUCUUUCUACAAUUGAGGACUAUCAAAACCGAGUGGCUCAGCGGGCACAGGACAAGGAAGAAGCCACUGCUGACGAUGUUGAAGAUGAAGCCGAAGAAGUGGGGAGGGAGAUUGAGGAUGACCAGACAUUGCUAUCCGAUAUGAAUAAGGCUUUCCACUCGAUUUUCAAGAAUCAUGGGGCAGCAUUUCUCCCGGCAUGGGAAAGAUUGAUGUCGACGUAUGAAAGCUUUCUCACCUCGACGGACCCUACACAGAGGCAAUGGGGCCUUUGCAUAUUGGAUGAUGUCCUCGAAUACUGUGGACCAGACAGUAACCGCUAUGCUAAUUACAUUACUCAGCCUCUUAUUGAUGGUUGCCGGGACUCAUCCGCAGCCAUCCGUCAGGCUGCGGCGUAUGGAAUUGGAGUGGCCGCACAUCAUGGCGGAGCCGCAUGGACGCCAUUUCUGAGUGGGUCGAUCCCUUAUCUAUUCCAGGUAACACAAGUUUCAGAUGCUCGAAAUGAUGAGAACGUGUACGCCACGGAGAAUGCGUGUGCUGCUAUUGCGAAGAUCCUACAUUAUAAUGCUGGCGGCGUUGGAGAUGUUCAAAAUGUCAUCGCACAAUGGUUGGACACACUGCCAGUGAUAAACGAUGAGGAAGCGGCUCCAUAUGCGUAUGCAUAUCUUGCUGAGCUAAUCGAUCAACGAAAUCCGGUGGUUCUGAAUCAAGCAAGCAAGGUAUUCAUUUUUGUUGGACAGGCACUGGAAGCUGAAGCAUUGCAAGGACAGACAGCAAGCCGAGUAGCUUCUGCCAUAAAAGCGCUUCUGGCAGCGACAAAUACAGAUCCGAUGCCUCUUUUUAGUCACUUUCAACAAAGCUCACAGCAAACAAUAAUGCAGUAUUUUAAUUAA